AUGGCCAAUAAGAACUCUGUAGCAGAGUUUCUUAAUGGAUUACCUUCAAUUGACGAGAACAAUUUUGCUAACUUUCACACCGAUAAUGGAAACAGAACCUGUGUCAAAAGACCAUCCGUUUACCUUCCAACAAAGGACUACCCUUCGGAACAAGUUAUUGUAACAGAAAAAACAACGAUAGUUUUGAGGUACCUGCAUCAACGAUGGGACAAAAAAACUACGGAGAGAAAACGAGAAUUACUAUCAGUUAAUGGAGAUUCACCGGAAGAAGUUCGUAGUAAAAGACCUCGAUUGGAUCUUAACAAUUCAUUAUAAGUAAUUUUAGUCAUUUCUAUCAUAUUUAAGAGAUUGGAUAC